AGAGCGACUCAGAGUGGGCCCUGCUGGUUGCUAGGUGCCCCGGGAAGUCUCGCCCCUGGGUGUGGGGAGGCGGGGCCGCCAGUCCCGUCCCGCGUUGCCCCUCGCACCCAGCGUGUUCGGUUGGCUGCGGCGGCGUCCCGAGGCCGAGGCUGUGCGGCACAAUGCAAAGAACUUCACGACUGAAGAGAGAGCUGCAUCUGUUGACCACAGAGCCUCCACCAGGCAUUAUGUUCUGGCAAAACAAAAACCGGAUGGAUGAUCUACGAGCCCAAAUUUUGGGUGGUGCAAACACGCCAUAUGAUAAAGGAGUUUUCAACUUGGAAGUAGUUGUUCCUGAAAGAUAUCCAUUUGAACCCCCGAAGAUUCGCUUUCUGACACCUAUCUACCAUCCCAACAUUGACUCUGCUGGAAGGAUUUGCCUGGAUGUUCUCAGAUUACCACCCAAAGGUGCAUGGAGGCCGUCCCUGAAUAUCUCCACAUUGCUGACCUCCAUACAGCUUCUGAUGAGCGAGCCUAACCCCGAUGACCCCCUCAUGGCAGACAUAUCCUCGGAGUAUAAAUACAACAAGGAAGUGUUCAUCAGAAAUGCCAAACAAUGGACUGAGAAGUAUGCAAGCCAGCAAAAGAGGGCUUCCAAACCUCCAGAUGAGGAAGUGACCCAAAGCGAGGCUAGCACUCCCAAAGAAUCUGCCAUCUCCCAGAAAAGAAAAGCAAAUGAUAUCAGCAGGAAGGAGAAAAAACCCUGCCUCGAUUCAUAGAGGUUUUCUGUGUAAAUACACAUUCAUAAAAAUGUUUAACACUGGCAGGUUUCACUUGUCUCUCUGUGCUUGAGCUGAUACUUGCGAUAGCAGGGGUUUGUUUUCAAAUUUAAGCUUUUUAUUCUCAGUAGCAUUACAUGUUUUGUAUUCUUGUUCGUCUUGCAUUGUUUGUCUCCAAGUAUUGUGAAGGAAGGCAGAAUUGGGAAUAAUAAAUCAGUCUUGUAUGUUUUAGAGUUC